AAAUGUCAUUGUUCAAAUUAUAAACAAACAUAAGUUGCUAAUAUUUAAUUGAUCAAAUAGUGUAAUAAUUGUAAUAAUAUAAUUGAACUAAUUCAAUAUUCAGUUUUUUGUGGUACUGUAAAGUUUCGAACCGUAAUUACAUUUAGAUUGCGAUGUCACUGCUCGAAGAUGUGUUUUUGGAAGAUGAAGCAAACGAGGCUGAGGAGUUAGAGAGAGUCAUUGAAGGCGAUGAAUUCGACGAAAGACCUCGCUCACGUUCCGACAGUGAUGACAAUAGUGAACGGGAGGGAGAAGCAGAGGAAGAGAAAAAGCGAGUUGAUCCUACUUCAACAAAAACCACAAGGGUUAUCAAAAAUCCAAGAUUCAUAUUGAAUCCGGCUAGACUGACUGGGCCCAGAGGUAUUCAUGUGAUUCCAGAGCAUUUCAAGGAUUUCAAAUUUAAGGGAAAAAACCAUGAGAAGGAGGACUUGGAUUUGGUUUUAAAGAAGUUAGAACACUGGGCAUACAGAUUGUAUCCGAAAUUUAAGUUUGAAGAUUGCCUGAAAAAAAUUGAGACACUGGGCAAGAAGAGACCAGUAAUGGUGAAUCUCCACAAAAUAAGAACAGAUCAGUACAUGUCAGAGGAGACAGUCGUUCAGAGGGACUCCAGUGACGACGAGGCCCCUCACAAGGACCCCCAAGAGGAACCGCCCGAAGACGAGUUUGAUAAACUCUUGCAGCAACAAAUAGAGAUAGCACGAUCCACUCCCGCACCAAGCUCUGUCAAGAAAGGAACGGACAGUGCUGUAAAAGAGAAUAGGUCACUGAUGAUGCCAAAAGCAACAUCUUCUCCAUCCAUAAGCGAUGAACAAAGAGAAAGAAUCCUUAAAAGUAGAAAACUUGCUGAAGAGAGAAGACUAGCUAGACUUAAGAUUGCCUCAAGUACUAUAAAUGGUAAUCAAAGCGCUGAUAAUAUCACUAACACUCCAUCUAAAACCGAUAAUAUUGAUCACCCUUGUGACAAUAAUUGUAGUACGAGUAUUAAUACGGAGAAUGGUGAUGUUAUUCCAAACACUCUAUCCAAAAGUGACAAAAUUACUGACAAUCGUUCGAUCGAAGAAGAAAUUAAUAACAAAACUAAUAGUGUUAGUACAGAAAGUGUAUUUAACAUAAAAGAAAAUUAUGUUCGACAAGAAAGGGAGUCAAGGGAAAAUGACAUUAACAGUUCUGAUGAAGAUGAUAUUGUUUUAGUGAACGAAUCUAUAAGGGCUGAUGUACACACAGAUUUUGAUAAAGACAUAGACUAUUCAGAUGAUAUAAAUCAAGGUCCUAAAAAAUCUGGUAGACACAAAAUCGAUGAUGAUGAUGAUGUUAUUUUAGAAAUAGACGAUAGUUCAAGUAAUGACCAGGAAAACGAUAAUAAUCAUAAAGGCGUGAAUUUAAAAACAGUUGCUACUAAAGUAGAUGGACUUGAAAAUAAUGUUAAUACAAUUUUAGAAACAGAUGAUAAUGAUAAAGAGUUCGGUAAUUUAGAUGAUAAUUCUAACAAGGGUGCAGACAACAAUUGUGUGAUUAUAACAGAAAAUAGUACUGAUGAUCCUGGAUCAUCAAUGAAUGUUGGAGAUGUGAGAACUCCUAUGACUUUGGGUAAACCAAUUAACGACCAAGAGAUCAGAGAUAUCCAAGAUGAUCGUAGUGUAGAUAAGUUUAGUGAUUUUCAAGUCAUCGAAUGUGACGAAAAGGAUUGUAUUGAAGUUGAAAGAAAUCGAGAUGCAAUUUCCGAUGAUACAGUGAAAACGUUAUCAGAGAAAGCACUUGAAAAUAAUGUUGAUGAAUUAAUGGAUGUUGACUUUGAUGAUGAAUUUUAAUAAAAAUAGUUUCUAGAACUUU